GGGGGAAAAUGAGGUCUUUAACUGGAGGGCAACAGAGUGAAUCCGGAGGCUAAGAGUAGCUGAGGUCCUUGCCUAUGUAUUGGGAGGGUGAUAGAGAAGAGACGGGGGUCUCCUGCCUCCCUUGGAACUGUGUUAUGCUUCUACUCAAGACACUGUUGUGUAGGAACUGCUGAUAGCAUCGGGUCUGUGGAGGAGCCUGGGGCCUCAUUCCUAUGGGUCCCGUGGUCUGGAUCUGCCUUCCGGCCAGCACCUGCUCCUCCCCACAGGUGCGCAGGGUGGUGGGAAGCUUUGAGUGAGAUGUGCUGGUGGCCUCUGUCCUCUCACCUUUCCUUGAGUCACCGGCCCUGCGGCGCCUGCUGUUCACAGCAUCGUCCUCUUGGGCCAUGCUAGAACCUCCUCUCCUCCCACAUUGGUGUGUUGGUGUUUUGCCCCUCAGAAGGCCACCUGGUCUGUCAGGCGUCAUUCUCAAGGACGGCAGAGGGGCUUAAUCACCACCAGGUGGCUGCACUCCAGCGGCAGAUCUUCGAUUUCCUGGGCUACCAGUGGGCUCCUAUCCUGGCCAACUUCCUGCAUAUCAUGGCUGUCAUCCUGGGCAUCUUUGGUACCGUGCAGUAUCGGUCCCGGUAUCUCAUCCUGUAUGCAGCCUGGCUUGUACUCUGGGUUGGCUGGAACGCCUUCAUCAUCUGCUUCUACCUGGAAGUUGGACAGCUAUCCCAGGCCCCUCUGCCCCCCAGGACCGGGACUUCAUCAUGACCUUCAACACAUCCCUGCAUCGCUCCUGGUGGAUGGAGAAUGGUCCAGGCUGCCUGGUGACUCCUGUUCUGAACUCUCGCCUGGCCCUGGAGGACCACCACGUCAUCUCGGUCACUGGCUGCCUGCUUGAUUAUCCUUACAUUGAAGCCCUCAGUAGUGCCCUGCAGAUCUUCCUAGCUCUGUUCGGCUUCGUGUUUGCCUGUUAUGUGAGCAAAGUAUUCCUGGAAGAGGAGGACAGCUUUGACUUCAUCGGUGGCUUUGACUCCUAUGGAUACCAGGCGCCGCAGAAGACGUCGCAUUUACAGCUGCAGCCUCUGUACACGUCCGGAUAGCUUCUGUCCCACCCGCGUACAGUUUUCCCUGGACCACUGGAGCCUGAAGCAGUGCUGUCCGGAGGCGCGGAUCACGAUAGGCAGGCGCGCCCCUGGUGGCGCUUAGGCUAACUGCAGCUUGUGCAGCCUCCUGGAUCUGCAGCCCCUGGAGAAAAUGCGGACUCUCAAGACUUGAACUUGGACCUGACCCUAGCUCUAGCAGGACUUCAGGGUUGGGGCAGGACGGGGCGGGGGGGAGGGGGAAUCACUGGGUUUGUAUUUUUUUUAAUCUCAGCCUUGGUACGUGCCGGGGUCUUCCUCUUUCUUCAGCUCUACUCCUUACCUAGUAUCUUGCCCUCAGUCCAAACAGCAAGACAGACCGAACUCACCCCAUCUCACCUCUCAUUCACCUGCCCUGGGGAAAGAUACUGUGAACUAGAAGCAGGAGUCCUGGGCUCCAGCUACGGCACCAUCACUGACAUCCGGUGUGACAUCGGGCCGAGUCUUUGCUCCCUCCGGGCCUCAGUUUCCCCACAUCAAAUAAUUAAAAUUAUCCCUUAGUUGAUGAUGCUUCUAGCACUCUCGUUUGGCUUUCAAUUCCAUGGGCUACGCUGCAGAUACGGAAACUAAGGCCCAGAGAUGUGAGGUGACUUGCUUGAAGCCACACAAUAAGGUUUUAGCAGAGGCAGGUUUUGAAUCCGGUGUACUCUAGUUUGAGACUCCCCAAUCCAGUAUCUGGCCUCUGGACUUGGUUUACAAGCCCCAAUCUAGCUUGGGCAUUCCAGAACACUCACAUAUCACAGCCACCACGCACCAGCUCCACCCACUCUUAAAGCAAUAUAUCAGUUCGUUCUCUUGGGAGCCAGACAGACAGAGCCUAAAGCCCGAGCUCAGCCUGACCCACAGGAGGCCUUUGUAGACUCAACCUGUUCCUCUUUGGCAAGCUUUUAAACCUCGUCCUCCAGGAAAGUGGGACCUCCACUCCUCUGCCAGGUCCCUAAGCCUGGGUCCCUCUCCCAUGAUCCCCUCCCACCGAGCAAUCCCAGUAACCCUCAAUUCUUCCACCUACUUCUCCAUUGUGGUCUCCGAGGGGAAGAAGAUGGUGUUCGGAAGCAAGCCUGGGGAUAUGAAAGGGCAGAAUGAGAGUGGGUGACUAUGGUCAGGAGGACCAGAACCCCACCAUUCUUGAGGACAAAGCAGAGAGGAGGGCUCUUCUUCAUCUUCUUCCUCCACAGAUGCCCUGAGGACUGUGUCCUCAGUAGUGCUUGCUGACUUAUGUACAGAGAGAACAAACAUCAGUCCCUCCAAUCUGUGAAGCGGAAACAAUAGGAAAGGCAGCUAAGAAGCAGAGGAACCUAGCAGGGAGCUUGCACAGUGGGGGCAGUUCACACCACACUGUGGUGAACACGUCACUCUCCGGGCUUUUCUGAGUUAGAGCGGCAAGCCCACUCCACGACUCCAUCCAGCGUGCCACACAGAACAGCCAAGCUGGGAACUCCACUGGCCAUCACAGUCCCUGGGUCGUGAGCCUAAUCAGAGGGGAACAAGUUUCCUUUAGGCUAGGCUACCUCUUGCCACUGGGCCACCUCCCACCAGCCACACUCACUUCUCCCCAUCCCUUCCCACAGGGCUCUUUCUACUCGAGGGUUUAGCCACGGAUGCUUCGAAGCCUUUGGUUUUAUAAGCUGGGUUUUGCAGGGGGUCUGGGUUUGCUUCUCAAGACCUUAUGGGCUGAGACCUCCCUGGUAUCCAUGCAGGUUGGUUGAUUAAAAAAAAAAGUGUUUUCUUCACUGUG